AGCGCUUCUGUAUUUAAAGGCGCCAACAUAACUCGAUGCACUACUAGAAGCAUAUCUGCCAUUUUAUGUGUCUCAGUCUUCUCUAGUGUUUAUUCCAGCGUUCGUUCAUAUUCCUACAACAUGCCUGAAGAGACCGCGGCCGCUUCGAGUGCUGAAAACGUUGAAGAAAAACCCGGCUCAUCCAGCGCCCCGGAAAGCUCUGCAGAUGUGGUCGAAGAGGCAAAGAAGCUCAUUGGGACUGGGAACAGGCACCUGGUCAUGGGUGACGUUGUCUCUGCAGUUGGUGUGUUCCAGGAGGCUUGUGCCAUGCUAGCUGAGAAGUAUGGUGACACGGCUGACGAAUGUGGAGAGGCUUUCUUCCUCUGUGGGAAGUCCUUGUUGGAGCUUGCCAGGAUGGAGAACUCCGUCUUGGGUAACGCUUUAGAAGGAGUCCCAGAGGAGUCCUCGGAAGAGGCGGAUAAGCAGAACGACUCCAAGAUCGAAAGUGCAGAUAACCUAGAUGAGAAAACCAGAGACGAGCUCCGAGAACAGGUUUAUGACGCAAUGUCGGAGAAUAACCGAGCUGACGAAGGUGCGAAAACGGCUGAGGGGGACGAGAUGGAAGAUGAUACAAAAGAAAAUGAAGCACCUGCGCAGAAGCAAGACGAAGAAGCUCCUGUUACGAAGGAAGCGAAGAAGAAAUCCCCUCUUAAAGACAAAAAGCCGUCUCUUCUUAAAAGCGGAGCGGAGAAAGCUUCUCCAUCAAAGACCGAUGAGAAGAAGGACUCUCCUGUCGAAAACGUACAGGCGAAAGAAUCGCCGGUUAAAAGUGAAGAGAAGCCCGCAGAGUGUCCCGCUAAAAGUGUGGAUACGGCCUCUAAGAACGAAGCUGAGGAGGAGGAAGCAGGAGAUGCCGCUUCCAAGCAGGAAGAAGCUGAGAAGAUAACUGGUGGAGAAAAGGAGGCUGAUGAGAAGGAAGUGAAGAGCACAGAACAGCAAAGUGGGGAUGAUGAAAAGACCGAGCCUAUGGAGGAAGAUGAGGGGGAUGAUGAGGAAGAUGAUGAUGACGACGAUGAUGAGGAGGGAGAGGGAAACGCAGAAGGAAAGAAUGAGGACGAAGUUGGAAACCUUCAGCUGGCGUGGGAGAUGCUGGAAGUGGCCAAAGUGAUCUACAAAAGGAAAGAAAACAAAGAGGACCAGCUAAUGGCAGCACAGAUCUUCUUAAAGCUUGGAGAAGUUGGUGCUGAAUCUGGUAACUACUCCCAGGCCCUUGAGGACUUUCAAGAGUGCUUAGCCAUUCAGCUGAAGCACCUUCCGUCUCACAGUCGUCUGCUGGCAGAGACUCAUUACCAGCUAGGGACGACUUUCAGCUACACGGCCCAGUACAGCCAGGCCAUCCAGCACUUCACCAGUUCCAUCAAAGUCAUCGAAAGCCGCCUGGCCAUGCUCCAGGAAGUGAUCGACGAGGCAGAAGGGGAAGAGGGAGCAAAGGAUGAAAAGCAGGAGCUAGAGGAGCUGAAGCAGCUGCUACCUGAGAUCUCGGAGAAGGUGGAGGAUGCCAAGGAAAGCCAGAGGACCGCAGCUGCUGCAUCUGAAGCUAUCCACCAGACCCUGGGUGGUGCGUCGACAUCGUCUGGAUUUCCAGCCGAAAAUGGCGGCUCGUCUUCGUCCACCGUUAGCCAGAUUGGUGUUAAGACCGCUGAUGGCGCGUCGUCCUCAAAAUCGGCGUCCGAUAUCUCUCAUCUGGUCCGCAAGAAGAGGAAACCGGAAGACGAGAGCCCAAAAAAGGACAGUGAUGCUAAAAAGGUCAAACAGGAGACCACAGUUAAUGGCAGCAGUGACUCUGCCAGCAACACCAAUGGCGUGGAGGAGAAAAUGGAGCAGGAGGCUGUGAACUCCUCCACCGCUGCUAAAACUUCGGCGUGAUGAGACCCCUCGUCCGACCUCUGAUCUUCCAACCAGCACAGCAUGUCUGCCUCAAGUCUCCAUGGGUGGCAUUUAUUUGUGUUUUGUAAAUAGGACACGUGUCCAAUUUUUGUAUUGUAAAGUUUCAAUAAAUGUUUGCAUAUGUCAA